UUUUUGUGUUUACUAUUUUGGUUUUUUUACCACAGAUAUAUACAUAUAACUGUGUUUUUUUUACUGAAUACUACGAUUAUAGAUAAGAUUAUCAUCUCACUCUAUGAUCUAUAAUCGUACUACUUGCAAAUAAAGUUAUUGUCCACCACUCCGUAGGGCAUAGACAAUAGACUAUACUACUACAGUAGGUAAUGAUUUGUAUAGUUCGCAAUAUCGUAUGACUAAUGAUCAUGACUAAAAACUACGUAUAGACGAAAAAUAGAAAGGAAAAAUUGAAAUUAUUGGCAAGUAAAAAAAAACAAAAUUCAUUAUAUAUAUUUUAUAUUGCAUAUUUUUGUUACUUUGUAAUACCACUUGCUCUAAAAUUAGUCAUUUUUUAAAAGCAAACUCUUCGUCAAGUAAUUAUUAUCAGUGAUCGAAUCAAUAUCAAUUUAAAUGAAUAUGUCUCCUCUCAAAAGAGAAUAUUUGCCGCCCCCACUGUCACCAAGUCCUGUUUUGGAUAUAAGCGAUGAUGAGUUGGUUACGAUAUCCGUACGUGAUUUGAACCGUCAACUGAAGAUGCGUGGAUUGACUAGAGAUCAGAUAGUACGCAUGAAACAGCGCAGACGAACAUUGAAAAAUCGGGGAUAUGCUGCUAGUUGCCGUAUCAAGAGAAUCGAACAAAAAGAUGAAUUAGAAACAGAGAAAUCUCAAGAAUAUCAAGAGCUAGAUGAUCUACAACAUUCAAAUAAUAUGAUUAGAUCUGAAGUUGAAAAUACAGUCAGACAAUAUGAAAUGCUAAAAAGGUUUGCUGCAACUAAUAAAGUUAUGUUACCUCUAGAACUUCAAUCCUUAUAACUGACUUAAUUUAUAACUUGUGUAUUAAUGUGGGCCAAACAGUAUUCUAAAUGUCUAACUUAAAUAACUUUUAUAUAGAAGAAUUAUAAAAUAUGGACUAUUUUUGCUUGAAAUUAAUAGUUACUAUACAAGAUAAUUAACAAUUUUCAUUUUAGAUAAAUGUACUUAUUUAAAUUUUAAACCAGGUAUUUGGGAGUAUAUUUGUAUGGUAUUUAUUAGUAUAUUAUUUUAUAAAUAAAUAUUAACUAUUAAGUAAACACAAACUAGGGUAUUAUAUAAUGUAUUGUCUAAAUAUAUUUUUUUUAGUAUACAUUUCAUGUUAUGUUCCUUCAAUUAUUUUGUAUUCUAUUCAAUGGUAUCAAGUUGUAUAAGAUUAUAUUUAUAUUUUUUUAUUUUAAAUUAGAUUUUACUUCUGUGGUUUGAUUAUAAAUCGGUAAUAUAUUUAUUAUAAAUUA